ACAACGACCUAUCUCUAGGUCGUUGGUGUGUACAAUGCUCGUUGGUGUGUACAAAUGAAUUGUUGGACAUGGACUACAUCACGUUGUGUAAUCUAUGACUUAGUCCAUGUGUUUGAGAGAAAUGGUUAUUUUUUGUUUAAUUAAUUAUAAAGCUCAUAUUUUAAAGCAUGUGGUGUAAUAUCAUUAACUAAGGAUAAGCAAUCUAUAGUCAUAUAUAACUAUCAAUUUCAAAAAUCACAGCAGAAAUGGUGAAGUUACAGAAGAAACAGCAGAAAGGAUUUGUUAAGGAUGAAGAUGAUCUCUCUCAGAUAAUAGAUGAUGUUGAUGAUGAUGAUGAAACAAAUGAGCAACUUUAUUUGCAGCCACAGGAUGAAACCAACGCUGAGUUUUCUGCAAAAAAGAAAUGGUAUGAAGAGUUUGUGGAUGAACCUUCGGAAGCGGUGUCCUUGUCGCUAGAGGAGAUCGAAAGGCUCAGAGCGGAGGCAAAGAAACUACUUGCUGAUGAAGUCACGAAGCAUGAACAUCACCUGGCCGAGACGCGCUCGGACCACCAGUGGAUGCGCACGGUGCUGGCCCGGGGCACGGCCUCGGACAAAGUGGCGGCCCUCACGCUGCUGGUGCAGGACUCUCCGCUGCACGGGCUGUCGUCGCUGGAGAGCCUGGUCGCCAUGGCGCGGGUGGCCAAGAAGCGCGAGUGCGUCCUGGCCAUCGACGCGCUGACGGACCUGUUCCUGACGGAGCUGCUGCCGCCGGACCGCAGGCUGCGCCCCUUCGAGGCGUGCCCCCUGGACGGCUCUGACCCCGCCCGCCUGCUGCGCCACCUCCUGGAGGACCGGCUGAAGGCCUCGUACCUGGGCUUCGUGGGGGCGCUGGCGGCCGCCGCCCGCGACUCCGUGGACGCCAACCGGGAGAAGGCCGUCGUGGCCAUGUACAAGCUGCUGAGCGGCCGUCCCGAGCAGGAGGCCCUGCUGCUGAGACACCUGGUGAACAAGCUGGGAGACCCGAACUCGAAGACGGUGUCGAAGGUGAUCUACUGCCUCGGCCAACUGCUGCGUGCUCACCCCAACAUGAAGGGCGUGGUCAUGGAGGAGAUAGAGAAGCUUCUGUUCAGACCGAACAUGGGUGAUCGAGCCCAGUACUACUGCAUCUGCUUCCUCAGCCAGUUCGUGUUCACCGAUCACGACGCGGUGGUCGCCAGGAACCUGAUCUCGCUCUACUUCUCCUUCUUCAAGGCUUGCAUCAAGAAGGGGGAGGUGGACUCUCGCAUGAUGAGCGCGCUGCUCAUGGGCGUGAACCGCGCCUACCCGUUUGCCAAGGCGGAGAUGCGGCAGAUCACCGAGCACGUUCAGACCAUGUACAAGGUGGUCCACAUGGCCGGCUUCAACGUCGCGCUGCACACGCUCUGCCUGCUGUACCACGUGUGCGACCACGCCAACUCCAUGUCCGACAGGUUCUACAGUGCGCUGUACAGGAAGAUGGUGGACCCGGGCCUGAUGACGUCCUGCCACCAGGCCAUGUUCCUGAGCCUCGUCUUCCGCUCGCUCCGCAGGGACACCCACGCCGGGCGGAUCAGGGCGUUCGUGAAGCGGCUGCUGCAGGUGUGUACGUACUCACCGGUGCCGCUCGCCUGCGGCAUCCUGUACAUGGCCUCCCAGCUGGUGUACCGACGCAGUGACCUGCUGGCGCUGACCUGCAAGGCCAGCUUCGUGGACGACUGUGACGACGACGGCGAAGAGCACUACUACGACGUCAAGCUGGAGGAAGGUCCCAGGGCGGGAAAGGACGAGCAGGGAGCCGGCGCGGACGCCGAGACGGAGGCGAAGAGCGCGGAGGCCGAGGCGAAGAACGCCGCGACCUGGCAGCACAGCGACAACAUGCGGGCGCGCGGCUCGCGGUACUGCCCCCUGCAGAGGAACCCCUCGUUCGCGGGGGCCGAGCACUCUGCGUACCUGGAGCUGCUGGCGCUGUCCCGCCACUUCCACCCCACCGUCGCCCUCUUCGCCUCCAACAUCAUCGAGGGGAAGCUGACCAGCUACUCGGGCGACCCUCUUCUGGACUUCACGGUGGCCCGGUUCCUGGACAGGUUCGUGUUCAAGAACCCGAAGAAGGUGAACAGGGAGGACGUGCCCGUCCACCCGUUCGACCGCAAGAAGACGUACGUGGCGUCGGGCGCCAGGGCCCUGCGGGUCAACACCAGCAGCUACCUCAGCAUGGAGGAGUGGAGCAUUCCCGAGGACGAGCGCUUCCUCUACAGGUACCUGUACGCGAGACAGUCGAAGACUGCGAAAGACGAAGAAGACAGUGAUGCGGACAGUGUCGCUAGUGAUGAGUUCGAGGAGAUGAUGGACAAGUUGUCUGGCAGUAAAAAUGCAGAGGAGUCACUGGAUUUCGCCGAUCACAUCUCCACUCAAACUGCAAGCGGCGUUAAGAAAGGCAAAAAGAAGUCCGGUGAGGCUGGCAGCGACGAGGAGUCGGCUGAGGACGACGACGAAGACGACUUUGACGGCGGGAGCGGUGACGAUGCUGGAAGUAUGGCCGACGAUGCGAGCGACAUCGUGUUCGAUAGCGACGACAACGCCAGUGAAGGAGACAUAAUCAACGAACUGAAGGAACUCCAGUUUGGAAGCGAGGACCUCCCGCAGUCGUCCAGAAAAACAAAAGGAAAGGGAAAGAAGGGCGUCGACAUGAGGAGUAUGUUUGCCUCGGCUGACGAGUUCGCAGAGAUUCUGCAGGAUGAGGGUGUGUCUGGCCACACGGGUCAAUUUUCAAACAAAGACAAUGCCGGCGUGAAGCAGCUCAAGUGGGAGUCUAAAAGGGACUUCUGGCUCAACAGGUCUGACAAGAAGCGCAGAACGAAGGGCCCAGGUGGGAAGGCAAAGAAGCAACGAAGAAAGUAGUUUGUGAUGGUUCACGCCACUUCGUUGAGGUUUGUCCGUCACAAUCUGAAUUCAUGUUGUGGAGCUGGCCUUAGUUGGCCUUAUGUGUAAAACAUUAAUACAAGCUCUCUUUCUCAACGAGAAGUUAUGAUGUAUGUGAUGACCCAACUUGCCAGAGUAAUGUGGCAAUGAUUUUCUGUUCGUCAUCUGAUGUUGGUCCGUCAAAUGAUAAUGUCAGAGUAAACACUUGUGUGAAAAUGUGGACCUAUGUUUGUUGUUGAUAAAAUAUAUUUAUACCUGGUUUUACACAUUUAGUGCCUCAAAUUCAUCAAGCGUGAUUAUCUGCAUCAGUUUGUUACAACUAGCGACUCAGUUGGAACUGGAUCACGAGAGACAAGAUUUUAAAGUUUUAUUUUCAGACCAAUUUUGUUUUUAAAACAGGAGAUUCUGGUGUUAUUUUUUUUUCCAUGAAAUCUGUUUUUUAAUAAAGAUAGCUUAUUACUGAACAACUAUAA